GUCUCCGAGGGCAGGAGCGGCGCGGCGACUCCCAGACGUCAUGGCGGCCGAGCUGAGCGACAUGGCGGAGCCGCCCGCAGUCCCGCCGCCGCCUUCCUCCUCCUCCUCCUCCUCCGCGUCGCCCUCAGGCGGCGGCGCUGCCGAAGAGGCGGCCGAGGGCGAAGCCGCCACCGCCGCCGCUUCCUCCUCCUCCUCCACGGCUGGAGUGGAGGCCGAGCCGCCCCCGCCGGCGCUGAACGGCGAAGGGGCGGAAAGCAUGUCGGAGCCCAGCCCGGAGAGCGCCAGCCAGGCCGGUGACGGCGACGACGAGGAGGAGGAGGAGGACGGCGACGACGAGGAGGAGGAGGACGACGACGACGAUGACGCCGAGGACGAGGAGGAGGAGGAGGAGGCCGAGGCCGGCAGCAGCUCCGGCUCCUCUAGCGGCUGCUGCACCGACGACGCCCGCUCGCUCAGCCCCGGCGGCAGCGAGGCCGACGCCAAGGGAGGCUCCGGCGAGGCGGGCGCGGGCGGCGGGCUUGACGGCUCCGCCGGCGGCGGCUUGACCGAGACGGCGACUGCGCAAGCGGCCCCGGCGGCAGCGGCGGAGGGGGACGCGGGCGGCUGCGGCGGGUCGGCCGGGGCGGACGAGGGCUACGGCACGGGGGGCGGCGGAGGCGGCGGCAGCAGCUCCUGCAGUGCCACGUCGGGCGGCCGCAGGGGCAGCCUGGAAAUCUCCUCCGACGGGGAGCCGUUGAGCCGGAUGGACUCCGAGGACAGCAUAAGCAGUACCAUAAUGGAUGUAGACAGCACAAUUUCCAGUGGACGUUCAACUCCAGUCAUGAUGAAUGGACAGGGAGUGACUGCUUCAUCUGCAAAAAGUAUUGCUUAUAACUGCUGUUGGGACCAGUGCCAUUCUUGCUUCAACUCCAGUCCGGAUCUGGCAGAUCACAUUCGGUCCAUACACGUAGAUGGUCAGCGAGGAGGGGUAUUCGUUUGCUUAUGGAAAGGUUGCAAAGUGUAUAACACACCAUCAACAAGUCAGAGUUGGUUACAGCGGCAUAUGUUGACCCAUAGUGGGGACAAACCUUUUAAGUGCGUUGUGGGAGGAUGCAAUGCUAGUUUUGCUUCACAGAGCGGGCUGGCUCGGCAUGUACCAACACACUUCAGUCAGCAGAAUUCAUCAAAAGUUACUAACCAGCCAAAGGCAAAAGAAGAGUCUCCUUCUAAAGCUGGAAUGAACAAAAGAAGGAAAUUAAAGAACAAACGGAGGCGCUCUUUACGGCUGGUGCCAGACUGUGCUGGGGAACUCUUAACCACUGACAAGAGAAUAGGAGUGGUCACACGUCAUGCAAGACCUCAUGAUUUCUUCGACGCACAGACCUUGGACGCAAUACGACAUCGAGCUAUUUGCUUUAAUCUUUCUGCUCACAUAGAAAGUUUGGGAAAAGGCCACAGUGUUGUAUUCCACAGUACUGUAAUAGCUAAAAGAAAAGAGGACUCUGGAAAAAUUAAGUUGCUGCUUCACUGGACUCCAGAAGAUAUUCUUCCUGAUGUGUGGGUAAAUGAAAGUGAAAGACAUCAAUUAAAAACUAAAGUAGUUCAUUUAUCAAAACUACCAAAAGAUACUGCUUUGCUUCUGGACCCAAACAUCUACAGAAAGUCUAGUAAAGGAGGUACAUUCAGUGGAAUCCUGAAAGAUCACUUCUCUUAAGAUGACAUGCUGAACAAUGCCGCAGAAGAGGUUGAAGAGGUAAAAAUCGACUUGGCGGGGGCACCCAAUCUACCGUUUUAGUCACUGACCAUGGAAUUAGAAUUGCACAUUCCUUGAGUCCUUUACCUUCAUCCACUGACACAAGGCACACACACCCCUCUGUGCCCAACUGCUGCCAGCUUAUGAUUGGUCUAACCAUUCUGUGAAUGAAGUUGAUGCAUCUAUGGAAUAUAUUAUAUAUAAAUGUCUAAUAUACCUUAAUGGGAUGGUACAAUAGGAGUUGAAGCAAGGCUUCUUCCAGCAUGCUCACCAAUUUUUUUUUUCAGUGACUUUUCUGAAGCUUGUAUUGGAUGAACUGGCAGUGACUGAAUUGCCAGAUGAAGACCAUCCCUGCAGUUGUUGUUAUUACUCACGUUACUAAUUUUUUGUAAGCAAACUCUUUGAAAUCUCAUCAUUGAUAAGCAACAGCUAGAAGGAAUUCUUGGUGGAGAGUCUCAGUUGUCACUUUAGUGAAGUUGUGGUGUCGAAUCACAUAACCUUAAGUGGUGGUAUCAUGUUUAAGCAAAAUGGUGGUGGCAUUCUUUGAUUUUUAGCAGAAUGAAUAUAUAUAUAUAUAUAUAUAUAUAUAUAUAUUCAUAUUCUGCUUUAGCAGAAUAUAUGUUCAUAUUCAGGGGAGGUUGAUCAAUGUUAGGUAUUGCUGUAUAUCUGAUCCUCUUCAUAAGACUAUUACUGUAUGUUAAUCAGACUUUAAUAAUACCUAUACAAAAAAAGAAAAAGGAACAACAUUGGUUUUAUAUUCUAUUUGGCUUUCAAAACUCCAGCUUGCUUUUAAAGAUUUUAUCUUCUCCCUUCCCCUUCUUUUGGCCUAAAUGUUUCUGUUUGUUCAAAAAAAAAGAAAAGAAAGAAAAAGUAUUUUUUAAACAUAAGCAUUUAAAAAUACAAUUGUUUAUGCACCAAAGUUGGCUAUGAAAAGAAUUAAAUUGCUUCCUCACUUUAUUAAGCAAGAAAUUACGGAUUUUUUUAAACCUACAGGAAUAGGAAACUUGUGUACCUUGUUUGUCUUGUAAGGAGACAAAAAAAAAGCAUAUAGAGAAUGGGACAUUGCUUGUAAAUAGUUUUGCAGAUUUGUAAUAUAUUUUUAUAUCACAAAAUGUAGAUGUUUUUUUCUAGAGGCAUGGAAGUUAAAAUGUAUAUAUUAUGGUAGAAAUAAUAUUGAAGGAUAUUGUAUGUCAUUAGCGCUGCCAGAAUUUGUUUAAAGCAAGCACCUUUCUUAACAAUAAUAAGUCUUUUGGAUUUCUAAGAGACUAUAUACUACUGUUUUAAGAACAAAACACAUUAAAUAUCCUUUCAGAAAUCUUUGAAGGAUGCAUAAUAUCCAUAGAAAGUUUACAGCACUCACUGCUGAACAUGGAUAUGAAAUCAGUCUUUUUCCUUGCUUGUUGGAAGGAACAAAUGUAAAAUAAAUGAAUUAAUAAGGUGGCUAUAUGCAGUCAAACUGCAUGAUUAACCCUCCCUGUUUAGGAGGAUUUUUUAUUUUAUUUUACUUUUACUUUACUUUUACUUUUACCUUUACCUUUACCUUUACCUUUACCUUUACUUUUACUUUUACUUUACUUUUACUUUACUUUACUUUACUUUACUUUACUUUACUUUACUUUACUUUACUUUACUUUACUUUACUUUUACUUUACUUUACUUUACUUUAUUAUUUUUGCAUUACUACAGUGAGUUUCUUUUUACACUAUUUUUUUAAUUAAACAACGAAUAAAUUAAUUAAACUCUAAAGUUUCUGGAGAUAGAAGUUGGCUUUUUUUUUUUUCCAAAUUGUACACGGAGAGCUGCCUUAAUGAAGGUGAAAUACUUGUUUGGUUCCCAGUGGUUUUAGAAUGUUUUCACAAACAUUUAAAUUUAUUAUUGAUGUGCAUAUGAGAAGCACUGCUGACAUGGAAUGGUUCUGAAAUACUGUAGUUGUUUGACAAUGGUAUUUCAUAAAGAUCUGUGGCAAUGUAACUAUUUAAAACAGAUGCAGUUCGUUUUGUCUUUAUUUUUAAUUUUGCUUGAGCACUUCAGUUACUGCUUUAUCUUCAUGAAAUGGUCAUUUGCAAUUGCUUGGGUUCUCUUUCUUUAAAAAGUAUAACAUUGCCAAAUAGGUGUUUUCAGAUAUAGUUUGUAUUUGUAUUUUUUUAAAUCUUAUUGUUUCAUGAAUCUCUUGUAUGCCAUUCAUGAUUGACAUAUGAUUGUAGACUUUGCUGGAGUAUUUUUUCUAAUAAAAGAAAGCAAAUGCAACCACUC